GACAAAACGUUUCAUGCGGCCAGUUUCUCCAAAGCUCUCGGAAACAGAUCUGAGCUCUUUUCUUCACCGGCGGCAUGAGGAAUUUCAACUUCUUCGAGAGAGUUUCGAGAGCUUACAAUGAUCAUCCUACUCUCUUCAGACUCGUCGCCCUCUCCACAAUCGCAAUCAGUGGUGGGAGCAUUGUUUAUGCAGAGGCAAAUAUAGGAAGCGGAGGACGUGCUGUUGUUGAUCCUACCAAGAAGAAGAAGGUGGUUGUGCUUGGAACUGGUUGGGCAGGGAUGAGUUUCCUGAAGAAUCUGAAUAAUCCCUCAUAUGAGGUUGAAGUGGUAUCUCCUCGCAAUUACUUUGCAUUCACUCCUUUGCUGCCGAGUGUUACGUGCGGUACAGUGGAAGGUCGCAGCAUUGUCGAGCCAAUUCGCAAUAUAAUCGGAAAGAAAAAAUAUGAUGCUCGUUACUGGGAAGCUGAAUGCUACAAGAUAGAUCCAGUGGAAAAGAAAGUUUACUGUCGUACUGCUGCUGAAUUGGAUGGGAAGAAAGAAUUCUCUGUAGACUAUGACUACCUUGUCAUAGCCAUGGGUGCUCGGGUUAACACAUUCAAUACUCCCGGUGUUGAGGAAAAUUGCCAUUUCCUAAAGGAAGUUGAAGAGGCUCAGAAUAUUCGUAAGAAUCUUAUUGAUUCCUUUGAGAAGGCAAGCCUCCCAAAUUUAAGCGAGGAAGACAGGAAGAGAAUCCUUCAUUUUGUGGUUGUUGGUGGUGGUCCAACAGGGGUUGAGUUUGCUGCACAACUUCAUGAUUUUGUCAAUGAUGAUUUGGUAAAACUAUAUCCUAAGGUGAAGGACCAUGUAAAGAUAACACUUCUGGAGGCAACAGAUCAUAUUUUGAACAUGUUUGAUAAGAGAAUUACAGCUUUUGCUGAAGGGAAGUUCCAAAGAGAUGGUAUUGAUGUGAAAUUAGGCUCAAUGGUUGUGAAAGUUACUGAUAAAGAAAUUUCUACAAAAGCAAGGAGUAAUGGUGAAACUUUUUCUAUGCCCUAUGGCUUGUGCCUCUGGUCAACUGGUAUCGGCCCUCGUCCUGUGAUAAAGGAAUUUAUGCAGCAAAUUGGGCAGGGUAAUAGGCGUGCUUUAGCAACUGAUGAAUGGCUGCGAGUUGAAGGAUAUAAUAACAUUUAUGCACUUGGUGACUGUGCAACAAUUAACCAGCGGAAAGUCAUGGAAGAUAUCUCUGCUAUUUUCAGCAAGGCCGACAAGGAUAAGUCUGGCACACUCACAGUCAAAGAAUUUAAAGAAGUGAUUGCUGAUAUUUGUGAAAGAUAUCCUCAAGUGGAGCUUUAUCUGAAGAAAAAGCAGAUGCGCGACAUUGUUGAUCUGUUGAAGGAAGUUAAGGGCGACGCUGCUAAAGAAACAAUUGAAGUGAGCAUCGAAGAAUUCAAAUCAGCUCUCUCUCAAGUUGAUUCCCAGAUGAAAAAUCUUCCUGCUACAGCACAGGUUGCAAACCAGCAAGGUGCCUACCUCGCUAAAUGUUUUAACCGCACCGAAGAAUGUGAACAGAAUCCUGAAGGUCCUAUUAGAUUCAGAGGAGAAGGUCGUCACCGCUUCCAUCCAUUUAGAUAUAGGCAUUUGGGACAAUUUGCUCCGUUGGGAGGGGAACAAACAGCUGCACAACUCCCUGGGGAUUUGGUUUCUAUUGGUCAUAGUUCCCAGUGGCUCUGGUACUCUGUCUAUGCAAGCAAGCAAGUAAGCUGGCGCACAAGGGCAUUGGUGGUAUCAGACUGGUUCAGACGUUUUAUCUUUGGGAGGGAUUCUAGUCGCAUUUAAGCAGCUGUCAGACCUAUAGAUUUACAACUAGCUGGAAUUGCAGUUCCAUCCAGUUUUACUAUUUUGAGUUUCCAAGAAAGUUUUCCAGUUUGCUUAUUCAUUUCUAAUAAUCAAGCACGAGAGUCUAUUGGCAGUAACUAAUUCCACUUGCCAGAACUUACAGAUUGAUUAAUUUGAUUUUUUGGUUAGAAGAAACUACAGAAAGAUUUUUGUAGUGGUAUUUUAUAGAGUUAAUAUUGGGAUCGGUACAUCCAACGUUU